CAAAACUCAAACAGUUUUGAUGCAUAACUAGUACUAGUAAUGUCUGCUGAAGCUAAUGGAGCUAAACAAACUCUCAUCUCUUGUUUGGCUGAUCCUGGUGAUGCUCUUUUAGUCCCUGCCCCUUUUUACCCUGGAUUUGCUAAGGACAUACGUUGGGGAACUAAUGUUCAACUUGUGCCCAUUUCAUGCAAGAGCUCCAACAAUUUCAAGAUUACCAUAGAAGCUAUCAAAGAGACAUUUGAAAAAGUCCAACAAGAAAAAAUCAAAGUCAAAGGCAUGAUUUUGUCCAACCCUUCUAAUCCAUUAGGCACUAUUUUGGAUAGGGACACACUAAAAAAAAUCUUGACCUUCACUAACGAACAUAACAUCCACCUUUGCGAUGAAAUCUAUGCUGGCACCGUAUUUGAUGCUCCACAAUUCGUUAGCAUCGCUGAAAUUAUGGAUGAAAUUUCAUGUGUUAAUAAAAAAUUGGUACAUAUUGUGUCCAGUGUUUCCAAAGAAGUGGGUUUUCCAGGAUUUCAAGUGGAAAUUGUGUAUUCCUUCAAUGAUGAUGUCGUUAAUUGUGCUAGAAAAAUGUCGAGUUUCAGUCUUGUUUCCUCUUUGACACAACAUUCUCUACCUUCCAUGUUUGGCAAUGGAUUUAUCGAAAAAUUUCUCAUUGAAAAUACUAAGAAUUUAAGGAAAAGGCACGAGAAAUUCACUAGCGAACUUGAAAAAAUCGGAAUCAAAUACUUAAAAAGCAAUGCUGGGGUUUAUUGCUGGGUGGAUUUGAGAACUUUGCUGAAAGAGCCAACACCUGAUGCUGAGGAGUCACUAAGGAAACUGAUCAUAAAUGACGCGAAGCUCAAUAUCUCACCUGGAUCUUCUUUUAGUUGUUCGGAGGCAGGAUGGUUUCGAAUUUGUUUUGCAAAUAUCGAUGAUCAAACUAUGGAGAUCGCCCUCCAAAGAAUUCAAAAGUUUGUUGACUCUAAAAUGUUAUGAGUUUCAAUAUGUUGUCUCCUAAUUAUCUGAGGAGUUGUUAUUAUUAUUAUUAUGAAUAAAGUU